AUAUUAUUCAAUAAUUAACCCUAUAAAUACCUUAGUAAUUCAUUUGUUAGAUAUUACCUCAUUAUGUUGACUAAAUUCACAUUGAUUUUUGUGUCUGUAUUCAUAGGGAUUGUGACAUUAGACAGUUGUCAAGGUCAAAGAGAUGCACCGAGGUAUUUCCAUAACACCAACACUACUAUUAAACACCCAACUACUCAUGAUGUGCAAACGACGACUCACCACACCGCAACAACAGCAGAAGAAGCAGCAAAAACAACUGCAAGGCAUUACCAUGUGACCUCAACUCCAAGAUAUUACACUACGCCGAGGACUGCACUACACACUACUCAUCCCACACGAAAAACAUAUUACACUACGCCGAGGACUGCACUACACACUACUCAUCCCACACGAAAAACAUAUUACACUACGCCGAGGACUGCACUACACACUACUCAUCCCACACGAAAAACAUAUUACACUACGCCGAGGACUGCACUACACACUACUCAUCCCACACGAAAAACAUAUUACACUACGCCGAGGACUGCACUACACACUACUCAUCCCACACGAAAAACAUAUUACACUACGCCGAGGACUGCACUACACACUACUCAUCCCACACGAAAAACAUAUUACACUACGCCGAGGACUGCACUACACACUACUCAUCCCACACGAAAAACGACUCACCACACCGCAACAACAGCAGAAGAAGCAGCAAAAACAACUGCAAGGCAUUACCAUGUGACCUCAACUCCAAGCCACACUACUAAAGCCGUACAAAAGAAAUGUUUAAAGAAAAUGAAACCAAACGAUUUGAUGAACUUAAUACUUGGCUUGAUUCCUCGAAUAAAAACAAUUGAAUUCGCAGAAAACGAAAAUCUUCAAAAGCUCGCAGAACUUUUUGAGGAAUUAUUCAAACAUUAACUGAAUGUAAAACAUUCUUUUUGAACGAAAAUACCAGUUAAAUCGAAAUUUUCUUAAUACACUAUCAAUUCAUUAUUC